AUGAACUACCCAGAUGCUGCGGCGGAUCCGUGGUGCUGCUACAGCAACAACGCCGGCGAGGCCGCCGCCGCCGCCGCCGUGCCCACCUCGGGCGAGGAGGCCAGCCGUUUCUUCGGCGACAUGGUUGCCGCCGCGGACUACUCCACGUACGUGAUCUAUGAUUAUUACGCCGUAUCUGAUGUGCCACUGAGUGUGUCUAAAGCGAUAGAGAAGCCUAGACAGGUACUCGUUAUGCUGUGGCUGGCAGCAAUUAGCAUAAUAUUUGUUGGGAAGCGAGGGAGUGUUGGCCUAGAUCUAAAACCUAUAGCUGAUGUUGUGCAUGUGUCGUGGGCUCACGGCAUGUCUAAAGAUGAUCUGUUCGAGCUGGUGUUGGAGCAAGAAGGUGGUGCCCCAGGACCGGGUUCGAUGCAUCCGACGGUUUCCUGCGUCUGGUCGUCGAGGUUCAGCAAGCCACCGGAUGUACGGUUCGACCCACCGUCGGAGGACGAGAUGGCGGCGUGGCUCUGCACCAUCGUCAAUGGCGACGAACCUGCCUGCAAUGAUGACAACGGCGACGGUGACCGACUGGCGGCUGACGAUGGUCAGGAGGAUGGAGUGCCGGUGAUGGGAACGUCGACCACGACGGCGGACAAGAAAGAAAAGGCUCCAACGACGACGACGGUGGAAGGGAUGAUGAUUAUGGGCAACAAGGAGAUGAGAAAGGCGCCGGCGGGAGGCGGAUCUUCGAGGAGGUCUCACCAUGGAGAAGCACACAACCUGACAGAAAAGAGACGGAGGCACAAGAUAAACGAGCGGUUCAAGACCCUGCAGCAGAUCGUGCCGGGAUGCAGCAAGUCCAACCAAGCCUCGACGCUGGACCAGACCAUCCACUACAUGAAGUCGCUGCAGCACCAGGUGCAGGCGAUGUCGUCCGCCGGCCUGCUGGCACCGGCGGCGGCGGCAUACCCCGCCGUCGUGCAGCCGCGGUGCGUGCCUCUGGGGACGACGCCGCCCGUGCCAUUCCAAGCCGCAGCUCCGACGACGAUGGUCCUCGGCGGCUACCACCCUCCGUCGUCGCCUGCCACCAUGGUGCCCUUCGGAACGACGGCCGUGCUUCAGCUGCCGCAUUACCCUGGCGACGCUGCAGCCGUGAUGGUGCCUGUGGAGCCCCUGUACCCGGCGGCGGCGGCUCCUGCAGCAGCAGCAAAGGGAAGGGCAGUAGCAGCCUGUGUGUGCGAAUGA